AUGAACUACCAAAAACUACACACGGAAAUAGUGAACACAUUGAAUAUACCUAUCUUGAGUAGGCCGCUCCGCACAGUACAAAUAAACAUCCCUGUGAAAUACCUCAAGGCCCUCCAAUCCACACUUUUAAAAUUUGGAUGGCAACAUAAAAAACCUGGAGUUCCAUGGAAACGCCUAUCCAGAACAGUAAGGGAUGGAGGCCUAGGCUUCACCGAUAUGAGGGAAUACCAAAGAGCUACACAACUAGCCAAAGUGAUAGGGUGCCAUGCACAGGCCCACACCCCCCAGUGGGUGUACCUAGAAUCCAGCAGACUGGAAG